AUGCGCAGUCUCACGGAAGAAGAAACCAAGACACUGUUCUCCAAGCUCGCCGUUUACUGCGGUCGUAGUUUAAACAAUCUGAUCGCACCACCGUCUGACGAUGGUGCUACGGCUGAGCGACAUGUCUUCCGUCUGCAAGGCAGCCGCGUGUUCUAUCUCCCGCUGAAGUUGGCAAACCUGGCCGUGUCUGUCCCGCGCGCCAAUCUGCUCUCGGCGGGCACGAUGAUCGGCAAGUUCACAAAGACCGGCAAGUUCCGCGUCAAUAUCACCGCUCUAGAUGUCAUCGCACCACACGCACGGAACCGGGUCUGGGUCAAGAGCAACGGAGAAAUGCCCUUCCUCUACGGCGGUAAUCUGGUAAAGGCCCAUAUUGGGAGAUUCUCACAGGACAUGGCAGAGCACGAGGGCGUUAUCGUGCUGAGUGCGGAUGACAAGCCACUGGGCUUUGGGGUCACAGCGAGAUCGACCGCUGAAACGCGAAAGUUGGAGCCCACGGCUAUUGUUGUUUUCCGGCAAGCCGAUGCUGGAGAAUGGCUGCGUGAUGAAGAUACGCUGUUCACGACCUAG